GUUUUCUUAUUUUUACUUCUAUUCUUAAGAUACUUACAAAACUCUUUUCUUCUUCAUAUUUUUUCUAUAAAUUUGAUCCUAUUUUCCCAAAACGACCUCAAGAUCGAUUUCAAGGACGCCAUAAAGUGCAUCACUCUGUUACGUAUCCGUCUUGGAAAUUUCCUUAUAUGGUGUUACAAUCAUUUUACCUUUACCGCUCGAGGUACACAAUCAAGUUACGAGACUUAAUACUAACAUUUCCGGCGGCUCUCUACGUUAGCCAUACGUAGGUUCGUCUCCACGUCUACUUCCUUAGACUCCCAGUGUUAAUAACAAUACUGGUCAAGCCAUUAACAAAUACCAUAACCGAAAUUAAGCCCUGGCUACGCAGCCGCCCCCUCCGGUUCGUAACAACUCUGAACUGUACAACUCUGGAUCUAAGCACUUCUUUCAGAAACUGUAUCCUUUAAGAAAUAAUUAGCCACAAACGUUUCCAUCUCCAGAGGUUGAGGAGUGCUUUCUACCCCUAAAAAGCGUAUUUAGCCGAAACAAAAAAACACGUAUUUAAUAUUUUUCGGUGUUUAAUAAAUAUGUUAAACAUUCAAAUCGAUGAGUAACAGAUAGGUACUGUUACUUGUAAGAAACCUUUAUCCUAAGUUGUAGAAGCAUCGCUUUUUGUCCAUCUUUAUUAACUUUGUUUCACAUUUAAUUUACAUGUGCCAAAAUACAUAACAUAACAGAAAAAAUAUGUUUACUUCCAAGAGUAAAGUGCCCUUAAAAAAUUUGUUUUGGCAAAAACCAAAGUGGUUCCAGGUUGUUCUAUACUCAUUUGAUAUUGUUCUCCAUUUUGGUGUCGCUGACGCGCCGUUAUCGAUCAAAAAUGACAAAAAAAGGGAAAAAGCAUGUUUACUUCCAAGAGUAAAGUGCCCUUAAAAAAUUGGUUCUGGCAAAAAUCAAAGUUGUUCCAAGUUGUUACGUUAAUUGUUAGCUUAAAUAUGCAAUUCGGUGUUCAGAAGAUGAUAGUGAUAGCCGUAGAUGUAAAAAUACUGUUUGCGCGCUUGAUAUCUUUUUUUUAUUAUAUCUUUUUAAAUUCUUUGUUUGGAGAAUUACUACUUUGGAACAAUGUUUGGAACAACUAGAACAAUCUGGAUCAAUCACGAAAGAUUUGAUUUUCGAAAAAUGGGGUGCCAGGUCAAGAAACAGUUUUUUUUAAUUUUCCGCUAAAAUAUUUAUUAUAAAAAUUGUAUCUUCUGGAACAAUUUAGAACAAGUCUAGAACAACCUAGAACAACUUUUAGAAUUCUAAAAUUUUCAAAAUGGAGUGCUAACUUUAUACAGGUCGUAUUGCAGCCAUAAGUAGUAACGACGACCGAAACGCAUGUCUGGUGCAAUGCAAUCAAUGCAUUGAUUUAAUGAUAGAGCGAUUGCAACUCGAAAAGGACUUAUCAACUGGUUUGAAAAAUAGUUUAACAGCCAGGAUAGCGAGAUUUAAAUCGUUAAGAGCAGAGUUACACGGAUCUGUAAAAAUAGGCGAAGGUCAAAGAAGAACAGAUGCUGAAUCACAUGCUUCAUCAUCAUCAUCUCUUAUCUGGGAGGAUGUAGAAUCAGCUUUCCAUAAUCGGAUAAUUACAGGAAUUAUAAUCAACACCGAGCAUAUUGAACCACGAAACUUUUUGGAAGAUGCUAGAAAAAUAGUAUUCCAACGUCUAGCGGAAGUUUUCCAAAAUCAUUCAUGCAUAAAAGUGAAUACGGUGUUGUAUGGGGAGUUUACCGUUAAUAAUAAAAGUGAUGUGAAAAGUUUCAGUGUGAGAAAUAAACAAUUAUUUUCUACAUCAAACUUGAAUGAUUGGUAUGACAAAUACGUUGUGAACUCAACUUUAACACUGAUGGAAGAAUUUCAGGAACGGGACAGUGGUUGGGCGAUAUCGAAAAUUCUGCAUUUGAUGUUAAAUAUCAAUAAAUGCAAUCCGAUGCAUGCUGGUUGUUACACCGACAUACCAAAAACAAUCAAGGACAAAAGAGCGGUCGUAAAUGUAACAGUUGACGAUGAUACGUGUUUUGUCAGAUCAAUAGUUGCAGCAUUAUAUCCCGCCCAUGUGAAUGCAAAUCGACCAUCAUCGUAUCCCAACUAUGACACCGUUUUAAAUUUGGAGGGCAUCGCAUUUCCAAUAACCCUUAAUCAAAUACCAAAAUUUGAGCGCCAAAACGAUGUUUCGAUAAACGUUUAUUUCUGGGACUUGAAUGUGAAAAGGUGUGCUCCGCUCCAACUCACCACCAACAAAAGAUUUCGUCACGUUAACCUGCUGAUGCUUGAAAUGCUCAACCGGAAUGUGCGUCACUUUGCAUGGAUUAAAAAUCUUUCCCGGCUUGUUUCAAACCAGCUCAGUGCAUAUAAGAGUAAAACUUAUAUUUGUGACAGAUGCCUUCACUACUUUUAUGCGGAAGAAAUGUUAUUGAAACAUACGAAGGAUUGCAUGAAGAUGAACGAUUGCGCAAUCAUUCUACCAUCGAGUGAGGAUAAAAUAAUAAAGUUUGAUAAUUUUUGUCACCGAGAACGUCAUCCAUUCAUCGUGUACGCCGAUUUCGAAUGCAUGCUUAAGAAGGUUAACAGUAAUAUUAAUCAAGGACACAGCAAUGCAUACCAGCAGCACGAAGCAUACAGUGUGGAGUAUUAUUUUCACUGUUCGUACAACGCAUCGGUGUGCGAGUAUCGCGCGUAUCGGGGUCCUGACUGUGCUGAAUGGUUCGUGAAUGAACUUGAGAACCUUGUAAGAAAAAUUGCACCAUUAUUUAAUACGAUUGUGCCCAUGACAAAUUUGACGGGUGAUGAAAGAGAAAGUUAUAUGAAUGCAACGCAUUGUUAUAUUUGCGAAAAACCGUUCAACAUCGACGAAACAAAAGUUCGAGAUCAUUGCCAUUUCACUGGUCGUUACCAAGAACCUGCUCAUCAGGGAUGUAAUUUAAAUUAUACAAAUAAACGUUUUAUACCAAUAGUGUUUCAUAACUUAUCGGGAUACGAUGCCUAUUUUGUAAUAAAAGAAUUUGUAACGAUUGCACAGUCCAACAAAUUUGAACUUUUUUUGUGAUCUGCAAUAUCCAUUACGUGGUUGUUAUAGGCUUUUGUUCACUGAUUACGAAUCUGCAAACCGUUUUGCUCCUAUACGUACAGUUUUUGAGAAACAGGCAUUUUUGUGAAACUGUGUGGUUGUGGGAAAAAAUGCAGUAUUACAUGAAAACUAAAAAUGCGAGGCAGUUUAGGUUUAUGUCAAAAGAUAGAGGAGACUUUCCUCUAUACGUCUGUAUGAAAAAUUAUAUUUUUUGAUGACUUUUAAUAUUUGUAAGUGCUUGUCAAAGUUUAAUAAAAUAAUUUUUAACAAAAAAUACAACCGACUUCGAA